AUGGUGCCCUCCUCGCAGUCGGACAGGCGUGUCCUUUGGCAUCCUCGACAGGACACCAAGUUCGUCGUUGGUGGUGGAACCCAAAUCACCUUAUAUGAAUGGACUCCAGAAUUCCCCGAGAUACGGCAUAUCACUUCUCAACAUGACCUUCAAUUCAUGAAGUGCUUUGCAUGGUCUCCUGACGCGACGUACGAUGAUCUGUUCGCUGUGGGCCUCACUACAGGACGUGUGGAUCUCAUUCGCCUGGAGGCCUCCAAGUCUGCUCGACAAGCGAAUCUCCUCACAAGCGGUCCCACCGUCUCGCUCCCAGUUCGGAAUUCACGCUCUUGCAACGUUGUUACAUUCUGUGCCACGGACCCAAAUUACCUGGCUGUGGGACUGGACAAAGUUCGCGGAGAGCCUAGUUUGGUGGUGUGGGACAUAAGUGCUGCUUCUUCCACCUUCGCUCAGGCCUCGCCCAAUCCAAACUUCACCAGCAACGUGCAGCCCAGGCCAAACCCUCAACUUCCUCGCGCUGAGUUGGGUUCUCGUAUAGAUCACCGUAUCGUGCAACAACAUGCAUCAACGGAAGUCGUAUCAUCCCUUUCUUUCAUUCCGAAAUCUACUCACCUACUACUCGCGGGGAUUUCUUAUCGUUGGCUUCGUCUGUUCGACCUUCGUAACUCCAUACCAUCAACUAGUCAUGUCGCGGCGAAGGUACAUGGUAUUGCUACAGAUCCUUUUGACCAGCAUCGAAUCGCAUGUCAUGGCGACGGGAUUGUGUCGAUAUGGGAUGCCAGAAAACUUAAUCAUCCGUUACUUACGUUUACGGAAAAGGAUGCCCUCCACGAUGGGGCUCGAAUCCGGCCUAAUUCAAUAUACUCGUGCAUCGAAUUUUCAAGCACAAGACGGGGUAUGCUGGCUACGAUGGAAAAGGAUGCAUCGUACGUGCGCUUCUGGGAUCUCCUGGAGUCCCAGGCGUCGUUAGUAGAAGAGUCUCCAGAUGGUGCUGCAUCCCGAGAUUCCUCAUCGGCCAGUAGAACCACCAGGAAAUCCUGGGCCAAUCUCCCCUGGACAGCGGGUGUUACUACUCCACACCUUCAACCCCAAGCCAGGGAAACGGAGACUCAUCCAUCGCUGAUGGCAUGUGGUACCUUCAGAACCAAGGAUUUCCCUCGGCCAUUGGCAUCGUUUGCCCUUGUACCUAGCCCUCACUCGCACCCAUUAACCUCCAACGUGAUGGUGGUCAACAGAGAAGGCGACCUUGAGCUCUACGCAGUGCACGACACUCCUAAGCAAGCUGUUUGGAGUGGUCGCGGCGAACUCGCAAUUGGCGCUGGCAAGUCGUUUAGAUUCAUCUCCGGCUUCCAAGACAUUUCUCCUCCUCCUGAACCUUGGGAUGCGCCCGCGUCUGAUGCUAAUCAUCUCCAACAAAAAUCGAGCCCCCGGUCUCGUUCGCACUCUCUUCAGCGGCUGGAUGGUUCAGUUCGAGGGCGUAGUGGGCCAAGAACGAAUGGAUCUAACUCUCCUGCCUUGUUUGGGCGGGGUGACGACGAGGGAUUCCCUGCUCUUUCGUUGUCGCCAUAUCCUACUAGUAUCGCUGCUUCAAAUACAUAUGGACGCUCGGCGAAAAGCAGAACAUACAGCCCUAUGUCCUUUCGCAAGUAUUCUCUGCAAUACGAGUAUUCUUCGUACCAGAAAGAGAAGGCAGAUAAUGGCUCUCGCGUAUCGCGUUCGAAAGGGCCUUCGGAUAGACCUGGGGGUCGGAUCUCCCAGGAUAACAGCUCUAGUCGAAUCAGGAAGCAACAGCCGUUGAAAGCACUAGGACAUGUUGUCGCUGACGAUAUAUCUAUGGUCAUGCGUUCGAGAGUUAUCAAAGGAUAUGGUCUCAGUAGACCGCAAGAUAACACUUAUAUCACGCACGACGAACCGGACGGCCUUUUGACCGAAACUUGGGCAUGGUUGAAUCACUCCAGAGAGAUAUUAUGCACUCCAACAGCACGAGUUGGUAAUCAUGAUUUCACUUACGAGGGGUUACUAGGUAUCUGGGAGGGGUUUCGCCCAAUGUCCAACCAACCUACGGAGCCUAGCACGGCGGAGGACCUUCUCGGCGCACCGGGGUCUCGAAGUCGACGGAGCCGCUCCCCAAAUGGAAGGACUUUGAGUGCAUUCCACACUGCCCUCACAGAACUUGCGGCUCGCAGAAAUGUCCACCACUCUGAUUGGAAACCAACCAUAUCGACGUCGAAGCUGCUUCAACGACAGAUUGCGCUGGAUUUAUGUGGUUGGAGUCUGAAACAAGACGACUUGAGCAAAGCCAUCAAACGGUGGGAGAACGACGGAAAGUACUCCAGGGCUGCAUGUUGGCUAAUCUUCACGAGACAAUACUCCAAAGCGUUGGAUGUGCUCAUGCGAAGCGAAGAUGAAAUUCACCACAUGAUGAGUGGUACACUGGCAGCAUUGAUACCCCACGGUUCUAGCAGCUCUUCGAUGAACUUAGAGCUACGAGAGCACUGCGAGCGAUUGAUCGUCCGCCUUCAAGAUCCCUAUCUACGGGCAAUACUCACUCAUCUCACCUUGGGGGACUGGUCCGAAAUUCUGGAUGAGGAGAUCUUACCCUUCCGCGAACGUCUGGCUAUCGCCUUCCAGUUCCUGGACGAUAAAUCUCUCUCGUCAUACCUACGACGGUGUAUCGAGCGGUCUAGUGCCUCAGGGGACAUCGACUGCCUCAUUGUCGCUGGAUUAACAAAGCCUGGCUUGGAUAUCCUCCAAGGCUAUGUCGAUCACACGGGUGACGUCCAAACGGCCGCAAUCAUGGCGUCUUUUGUUAGUCCUUGGAAAUUCGUUGAUCGCAGAGUAGACCAUUGGCUUGAUUCCUACCGAGAUAUAUUAGAUGGAUUCAAACUGUUCCACCACCGCGUCAACUUUGACGUCGAGCGAGGGAACGUCAUCCAAGCUGCAAUACAGAACGGGGACAUACCCCGGGUGGAUUAUGUCCCUCGCCAAAUUUCGAUGCGCUGUAAUUAUUGCAAUAAGCAAGUCAGCCCUCCAAACUCUGCUGCACAGUCCAAAGGACGAGUCAACGCAUGUCCAAACUGUGCAAGACCGUUGCCAAGGUGUUCCGUGUGCUUGAUGAAUCUCUCCAUCGUUUAUGACGGACAGCGAGAAGCCCAACUAACCCUUAACGAAAGCAAAGACACCAUCGAUGACGCUAUUGUCAUUUGCCAAACAUGCAGGCAUGGUGGUCAUGCUUCUCACCUGCUGGAUUGGUUCUUUGGUGCGGACAGUGCUCGAUCCCAUGGUAUUUGUCCCGUUGCAGAUUGCAAUUGCCGGUGUGCGGACGAGUACUGA